UCCACACACACACUUACACCCACAUCCACACCCUCACCCACACCCACACCCACACUCACACUCACACCCACACCCACACUCACACCCACACCCACAACCACACCCUCACCCACACUCACUCCCACACCCACACUCCAACCCACAACCACACCAAGAACCACACCCACACCCAGACCCUCUCCCACAUCCACGCCCACACAAACACCCAGACACACACUCACACUCACACCCACACCCAAACACACACCCACAAACCCACUCACACUCACACCCACACUCACACCCACACCCACACACACACUCACACCCACACCCACAACCACACUCACACCCACACUCACACCCACACUCACUCCCACACCCACAACCACACUCACACCCACAACCAAAAACACAAUCACACACACACCCACACUCACUCCCACACCCACGACACUCACACUCACACCCCCACACACAUUCAAACUCACACCCACACCCACACUCACACUCACAACCACACCCACAACCACACUCACACCCACACUCAAACCCAAACACACACCCACACUCACUCCCACACCCACAACCACACUCACACCCACAACCAAAAACACAAUCACACUCACACACACACUCAAACCCAAACUACCACCCACACUCACUCCCACACCCACAACCACACCCACACUCAAAACCACAACACACACACCCACACUCACUCCCACACCCACACUCCAACCCACAACUACACCAAAAACCACACCCACACCCACACCCUCACCCAAACCCACACCCAUACCCACACUCACACUCACUCCCACACUCAGACCCACACCCACACACACACUCACACUCACACUCACACCCACACUCACACCCACACCCACUCUCUCACCCACACCCACAACCACACCCACACUCACACUCACUCCCACACCCACACUCCAAUCCACAACCACACCAAGAACCACACCCACAACCACCAGACACACACUCACACUCACACCCACAACCACAACCACACUCACACCCACACUCACACCCACAUUCACACCCACACUCACUCCCACACCCACAACCACACUGACACCCACAACCAAAAACACAAUCACACUCACACCCACACUCACUCCCACACCCACACUCACACCCACACCCACACUCACACCCACACCCAUACCCACACUCACAACCACACCCACACCCACACCCACAGUCACACCCAUACCCACACUCACACACACCACAACCACACCCCCACCCACACUCACUCCCACACCCACACUCCAAUCCACAACCACACCAAGAACCACACCCACACCUAAACCCUCACCCACACCCACGCCCACACAAACACCCAGACAAACACUCACACUCACACCCACAUCCAAACACACACCCACAAUCCCACUCACACUCACAACCACACUAACACCCACACCCUCACACACACUCAACCCCACACCCACAACCACACUCCCACCCACACUCACACCCACAUUCACACCCACACUCACUCCCACACCCACAACCACACUCACACCCACAACCAAAAACACAAUCACACUCACACCCACACUCACUCCCACACCCACACUCACACCCACACUCACACUCACACUCACACCCACACCCACACCCACACCCACACACACACUCACAACAACACACACACCCACAUUCACACCCACACUCACACCCACAGUCACACACACACUCACACCCACUCCCACACCCACACUCAAGCCCACACCCACACACAAACUCACACUCAGACCCACACUCACACCCACACACACACCCACACCCACAACCACACCACUCACACUCACACCCACACUCACACCCACACCCACAUCCGCACUCACACUCACACCCACACACACACUCAAACUCACACCCACACUCACACCCACAGCCACACACACUCACACCCACACUCACACCCACACUCACACACCCACCCACACCCACACACAGAUCACAGCCACACCCACACACACACCCACACUCACUCCCACACCCACACUCCAACCCACAAGUACACCAAAAACCACACCCAAACCCACACCCUCACCCACACCCACACCCACACCCACACUCACACUCACUCCCACACUCACACCCACACCCACACCCACACUCACACUCACACCCACACUCACACCCACACCCACUCUCUCACCCACACACACAACCACACCAACACCCACACUCAAUCCCACACCCACACUCCAAUCCACAACCACACCAAGAACCACACCCACACCCUCACCCACACCCACGCCCACACAAACACCCAGACACACACUCACACUCACACCCACACCCCAACACACACCCACAAACCCACUCACACUCACAACCACACUAACACCCACACCCACACUCACAGCCACACCCACAACCACACUCAAACCCACACUCACACCCACACUCACUCCCGCACCCACAACCACACUCACACCCACAACCAAAAACACAACCACACUCACACCCACACUCACUCCCACACCCACGCUCACACCCACACUCACACUCACACACACACCCAUACCCACACUCACAACCACACCCACACCCACAAUCACACCCAUACCCACACUCACACCCACACCCACAACCACACCCACACCCACACUCACUCCCACACCCACACUCCAAUCCACAACCACACCAAGAACCACACCCACACCCACACCCUCACCCACACCCACUCCCACACAAACACCCAGACACACACUCACACUCAUACCCACACCCAAACACACACCCACAAACCCACUCACACUCACAACCACACUAACACCCACACCCUCACACACACUCACACCCACACCCACAACCACACUCACACCCAUACUCACACCCACAUUCACACCCACACUCACUCCCACACUCACAACCACACUGACACCCACAACCAAAAACACAAUCACACUCACACCCACACUCACUCCCACACCCACACUCACACCCACACUCACACUCACACCCACAACCAUACCCACACUCACAACCACACCCACACUCACACUGACACCCAAACCCACACCCACACACAGACCCACACACAAACUCACACUCACACCCGCACUCACACCCACACCCACACUCACACCCACAACCACACCCACAUGCACACCCACACUCACACCCACACCCAUACCCUCACCCACAACACUCAUACCCACACCCACACCCACACACAAAUCCACAACCACACCCACAACCACACCCACACCCACACUCACACCCACACCCAAACCCAAAAACACACCAACACAAACAGUCACACUCACACCCACACCCACAACCACACCCACACCCACACUCACUCCCACACCCACACUCCAACCCACAACCACACCAAGAACCACACCCACACCCAGACCCUGUCCCACAUCCACGCCCACACAAACACCCAGACACACACCACUCACACCCACACUCACACUCACACCCACAUACACACUCACACCCACAUCCACAACCACACUCACACCCACACUCACACCCACACUCACACCCACACUCACACCCACACCCACAACCACACUCACACCCACAACCAAAAACACAAUCACACUCACGCCCACACUCACUCCCACACCCACACUCACACCCAAACUCACACAAACACCAACACACACACCCACACUCACAACCACACCCACACUCACACUGACACCCAAAACCACACUCACACUCACACUCACACCCACACCCACACCCACACUCACUCCCACACCCACACCCACACUCACACUCACACCCACACUCAAACCCACACCCACACCCACACACAAAUCCACAUCCACACCCACAACCACACCCACACCCACACUCACACCCACACCCAAACCCAAAAACACACCCACAAACACAGACACACUCACACCCACACCCACACACACACGCACACCCACACACACACUCACACCCACAUCCACACCCACACCCUCACCAACACCCACACUCACACCCACACCCUCACAAACUCCACCCACACCCACACUCAAACUCACACCCACACCCACACCCACACACACACUCACACCCACAUCCACACUCAAAGCCACACCCACAGUCACACCCACACCCACACCCACUCCCACACCCACACUCACACUCCCACUCACAACCACACUCACCACACUCACACUCACACUCACACUCACACCCACACUCACACCCACACUCAAAACCACACCCACACCCGCAAUCACACUCACAACCACACUCACACCCACACCCACACCCACACACAAAUCUACAUCCACACCCACAACCACACCCACACCCACACUCACACCCACACCCAAACCCAAAAACACACCCACAAACCCAGUCACACUCACACCCACACCCACACACACACACACACCCACACACACUCUCACACCCACAUCCACACUCACAUCCACACCCACACUUACACCCACACACACACUCACACACACACCCACAGCCACACCCACACCCACAAUCACUCCCACACCCACACUCCAACCCACAACCGCACCAAGAACCACACCCACACCCACACCCUCACCCACACCCACGCCCACACAAACACCCACCACAAACCCACUCACACUCACACCCACACUCUCACCCACACCCACAAACACACUUACACCCACACCCAAAACCACACUCACACCCACACUCACACCCACACUCAUUCCCACACCCACAACCACACGCACACCCACAACCAAAAACACAAUCACACUCACACCCACACUCACUCCCACACCCACUCUCACACCCACAUUCACACUCUCACCCACACCCUCACCCACACUCACAACCACACCCACACUCACACUGACACCCAAA